AUGACCGACGACGUUGAACUCAUUCCAGACCUUGUGGAGGACGGAGAAGAGGAAAUCACCUUUCAUGAGAUCAAGAAGCCGGCGCAGGACCUAUCGGGUGCCAUCAUUGAGGAAGACAAGAAUAAGCGUGUGCCUGUGACAAUACUCACGGGGUACCUAGGAUCGGGAAAAUCGACCUUACUCGAGCAAAUUGCGAAGCGUGGGGACCGGAAGCUUGCUGUAAUAUUGAACGAGUUUGGCGACUCGAUCGACAUUGAAAAAUCUCUCACAGUCAAAGACAAGAACAGUGAGGUUGAGGAAUGGUUGGAUUUGGGGAACGGAUGUCUCUGCUGCACGGUUAAGGACAAUGGAGUUGCUGCGAUUGAGCGGUUGGUUUCGAAAAAGAAAGGGUUCGACCACAUCAUUUUGGAAACCACUGGAUUGGCAGAUCCUGGGCCGAUCACGACGAUGUUCUGGUUGGACGACGGCCUACUGUCCAACGUCUACAUUGACGGCGUGGUGACAGUGCUGGAUGCGAAGAACAUAGAAAACUGUUUGGAUGACAAGGGCAACGGACAUGAAGCACAGCUCACAGUUGCACAUGUGCAGAUCGCCUUGGCUGAUGUGAUUCUGCUGAACAAAAUCGACACGGUGGAGAACGACCCAGAGCUCGUGAAGCGUGUCGAAGGUAGGGUGAAAAGCAUCAACAGUAACGUGCCGAUUUACGAAACGAAGUUUGGAGAUAUAUCACUAGAAAAGAUUUUGGACCUACAUGCGUACGAGGCUCGGGAUGUCAAUGAACUGAUCAAGACCACAAACACAGAAAGCAAUGUGCACGAUCACCGUAUGGGGACCAAGACCUUCAACUUCCGUAGGCUAACGGAUAUCCAAGAGUUUGCUCGAUUCGAGAAGUUUUUGCAGAACGUGCUGUGGGACGAGGGAGACGAAGAUGCACAGCAUAGCACUAACGGGGGGGAGCAAAUGGAAAUACAUCGGGUCAAGGGGUUGGUGUACAUCGGAGACACCUACCGAGUUAUCCAAGGGGUGAGAAAAACGUACGAUGUGAUUGAGGGCGUGCAGGAGAUGUCUGAGAUCAAGCUCUCUGAGAGCAGACUCGUUGUCAUUGGCAAGUACAUUGACCAGGAACGGAUCAGCUCCACGUUCACCGAGUUCAUGGGCUUCCCGCUGGCCUCGUGGCAGUAA